AUGGACGAAAAAGAAGAGACCAACGAGCCCCUCGACCUUGUGCGCCUCUGCAUUGACGAAGUUGUCAUUGUAAAACUGCGCGGCGACCGCGAGCUAAAGGGCAGACUACAUGCAUACGACUCGCAUUGCAACCUCGUUCUCGGAGACGUAGAAGAAACCAUAUAUAUUGCAGAGGAAGAGGAUGACGAGCAGGAGCCCCGCGUACGGACGGUCAAGAAGCAGAGCGAGAUGCUGUUCGUAAGAGGUGACUCAGUAGUCUUGAUCGCACCAGCGGAAGGAGCAUCGCAAUGAUCAGUAUACCACAGUUUCUCGAACAAACAGAAUUCGGCAUAAGCAAGGGCGCAAUUGGCUGGUUGGGGGUUGGAAAAGCGACAGCGGGAUAAGAAUGAUGCAGUCACGUUUGAGAUACCCGAAUGCUGAGUUGUAGGGCGCAUUCGCUGGCGCAGACUCAAUGAUGGAGGAUAGUAGGAUGUGUAUGUGGAGCUAUCAAGACAUUCAGCGCAGGCUUAGACAUAUCCUCCGAAGCUCUCUCAAGCCCAGCUGAGGAGGUGCCCGCCAAACAAAUACAAUCAUCAAGAUUGACGAUUGAUCACAAGCCCUAAGCCUCAUAUCUCUUCACCGUAGGGUCUCACACUCAUCAUUUAAAUAGGCACUGUUUGAAGCUGCAAGUAUUAAACGCUU